AUGAAGCGUGGCCAAGGACGAUCUGCUGGCGGCAGCCGCCCAGCCCCAGGUACCGGCUUCGCAGGCUUUGGCGGGCAGGGCUCCGGCAGCUCCCUCUCGUAUCUCGCUGAACCGCCCUCCUUUGCUGCCAUCGCGGACCCUAAUAUAGUCGUCUCUCUCAAGAACGUACUGAAAAAGGACAGCACAACAAAGACAAAGGCGCUUGAUGACCUGCUAGCCUACGUCCAGGCCCAGCCCCACGACAAGGAUGGCGGGGUAGAAGACGCCAUUCUUGAUAUCUGGACGCAAUUGUAUCCGCGUGCAUCCAUUGAUAAUGCCCGUCGCGUCAGGGAGCAGUCCCACCACUUACAGCUCGAGCUGAUGAAGUCGGCGCGUAAGCGUAUGGAACGACAUAUCCCCAAGAUUGUCGGUGCAUGGCUUGCUGGUCUCUACGACCGCGAUCGCGCCGUAUCUCGGGCUGCCAGCGACGGCCUCGGCUCUUUCCUCACUAGCCCCGAAAAGGCAGAUGCCUUUUGGAAGAAGUGUCAGCCUCAGAUCCUGGCCUUUGCGCUUGAGGCUAUUCAGGAGACCCAGGAUAUCUUGAGUGAUGAGCGCUCCACAACUAAAGAAGAUGCCGAGGCCAAGUACUUCCGCGUUAUCAACGCGAGCCUAUCGCUAAUCUUGAGGCUCCUUCAGCGAAUGGAGGAUUCUGAUAUGACCCGCUGCCGGGACAGCUAUGACGAGUACUUUGCUAGCGACUCUGUCUGGAAGAGCAUCACCCUCGCCGAUCCAUCAGUGCGAAGAAGUACUUGCCAACUUCUCAUCCUGUGUCUCAAUCGCAAACUUCCCUAUGCAGACUCCGUCGAGUGCAGGCAGGCCAUGAUAACAGGUGGACUCAAAACUACACAAACUGGGUCCGCUGAAGAGUACCUCCUCGCUCUUGCGAAACUCACUCAAAGCCACCCGGAUAUCUGGGAAGCUUCUGCCAAAAGCAAAAAGCCCCCCACGGCACGACUACGUGCCUUCAUUACCAAGGGCUCGCAGGGUAGUCGGGCAAGCUACUGGGAAUCCCUAGAUACCCUUUUAUCUCUAUUGCCGCGCAGUACUGUCACUAUGGAAUCAGAAUCCGAUUUGCUGAAAUCGCUCCGCUCUGGUAUUGAAUAUCGAGAAGAGCCUCGUGCCAACGCACAUCUUGGUUGGAAAUGUUAUUCCAAUGCUGCUCAACGAGCGCUCAAAUCACUGAACGAAAAUGAUGCAUGCAAACUGGCCAAAGAACACACUUUCCCUCUCUUCGAGAACUUUCUAUUUCCUCCCGCAAGCCGCCCUUUAUCUAUUGACCUGGCUACUUUGGGCUACAUCUACCGCGCCCUGGUAGGCUCGUCUCCUGCUGUUGCCUCCAUCAUGGAAGAGGAGCUCACUAAACUCAGCACUACCUUUUGCACGCAUCUCUCGGGCUCUCUUCCCAGCGUUUCAAAAGAACACCAAAAUUCCCAGGAGAAGGUCGGAGAGGAGGGUCGUCGUUGGUUUCAGCUUGUCAAGGAACUACACCAACGUUCCAAGACGGACAACUUGUCAGAGUUGGCAGACCAGCCUUCUCUUACCAUCAUUUCCCAAUGCAUAUCUCUGCUUGAAAGCCGGAACAUGAAGCCAUUUGGUGCUGCAAAGACCUUGGAGCAAGCGCUCCGCUCUGUACCCCAUCUAUUCUCAGGCGAUGCUGGCGUCCGCGUUUCCAACUUCCUGCUCGCCGCAGCAGAAGACUACAUGGACAAGUUGGUCGAGUCUUCUUCGGCCCCGAUACUUUUGGCUUGCUUAGAUUUGUGUUCAUCCAUCGAUAGACUCAGCACGCUAUACAGGUCCACUUGGAGAGCCUGGGUGUCAGAGACAAUGUCACUCCCUGCAAGCGAGAAAGCCAACGAGGUUUUGGCUGGCUUGAUCUCCCAGAAGGCUGCCUCGGAUUUUGCGCUGUCUCACCAAGCUGUACAAACUCGCAUCUUGGAGCAGGCCACCGCAGCUACGGACGGUGCCGGCGGCAGCAGGAGUCUCUUGGCGGCGGCCGUGAGCUCUGGCACCUUUUCUCACGAUAACCUGCUGACCCUCGCCCGACAUGCUGUUUCCAUGCUGCAGCAAAAGCCUUCUAAUGAGCCUCUCGAUGUCUUGGCUAUUAUCGCUAGUGGAAGUCCGAAGAUACUGUCCGAAGACGACGACCUCCACACUUCGCUCGUCACCGUCUUGCUUGGCUUGUCAGAACUCGACGGACACGUCUCUGUUGCUGGCAAAGCGGCCAAAGUCCGAGCUCUCAUGGAUCAGCAUACUGAUGGCAAGUUACCCACAGUGAGCAUUAUCCUGUCUAAUCUUGAACGUGCAACGCCUCAAUCCCUCGACAUUGAAACUCUGGUCAAGCAAGCGAAAGAAGCAAGCUCCGCUGAUGUACCUCUGGAAGAUUUGCUGCCAAGCACCAAUAUUUGGAUGGAGCAGCUGAAGCCCUUUUUUCAAGCACACAUCAACCCGAUUCUCUCCAUAACUAGCCCCAUCGGAGGUGCUACUAUCUUGUCCAACUCAUCGUCCAAUGUUCCCAAGAACACCCUUCGCGUGCCCCGUGAUCGAAGAGGGCGCUCUAUCCCUGCAAGAAUGGCGAUUUACUUGUCACUGUUAACCACCGACGGGAUUGAUCUCUCUAAACUCCCUUCGCAGUUCUUGGUUGAGCUGCUGUAUCUCCAGUGCAUUACCGUGCAGCUCAUCUCAGAUCAAAUCACGCUUAGUGAUACGCAUGGAAUCUUUGCCGAUCUUGAGGUUGAAGAAAGCAUGCGCGAAGCAGACACCGUCAUCACCUCUCUACGAUCAUUUCUGAACAAGUACACGGCAGAGAAGGAAUGGUGGGUAAAUGGCCAGGGAAGCUCGGAAACAGAAAUUAUUCGCGAGCUAUCAGGCCUUCUAAUUCAGCAGUCAAAGUCGCUCUCGGCUUCUGCUGUUUACAGUGCCCGGGCGCUCAGCGAGCUUCUUCAGGCAACCGCAGAGGCGCAAGGCUGGUCUUCCUCUCUAGAAGAACACUUUGUCAAAGCAGAAUAUCUCAAAUCGACCCCCAACACCGUUCUUGUCAGCGCCGCCAUUCUUGCAGGGUUUGGCGAGCCGCUGCAGGCGUCGAAGCAAAUCAACAACUUUUGCAACCGGCUAAUAAGUGACGUGGCCGGCGCGGCUGUUGAUGGCGAAAAAACAAAGUCAACAUUGUCACUUCUUACGCUCUGCUCCCGCCUAUACGAAAUCGGAGGGCUACCUGCCAUGAACACCCGUAUCGUAUUCGCUGUACGUCAGAUUACGAGCUGGCUCGAAGAACCAGAGCUCAUAGACGCAGAGACCUCCACUGAGAUAUGCCGCGCUCUCAGUAGCUUACUACCCUGCAUGAAGGGCGUAUACGGCUCAUAUUGGGAGAAGACGCUUACGUUUUGCCUUGACACGUGGCGCAACGAAUGCGAAUAUAAAGUCGACGAUAUGUUGCCACUGGUGCACGCUUCACUAAAACUGGUACGGGUUCUUGAAACCAUCUCCGAGCCAAACGACGACUUAGAAGAUGCGCUCAAAGAAUUCACCAGCGACAGGCCAUCAGCACUGGUAGAGGCCCUGAAGCUCCUCCGCGACACAAAUUCCCCUGCGGCAGAAAUCGUGACGGCUGUCCUAUCAAGAGAGGUUGAAAAGAUUUCGGUGCGCCAAACUCCUGACCUGGGCGAUAUCUACGCUUUGAUGGCUUCGGAAUCGCGAGAUGUUCAAACCGCCGCUUUUGGCCUGCUGCACCGAGCGAUCCCCUCGCAGCAGGAACAGGCAUCUGUUGACAUUCUUUUGGAUAAGACAGACGCUCGACUGCCGGAUGAGCUUGUGUCAUUGUUACUAGACGCCCCAACGCUGGACAGCUACUCCGACGAGAGUCUUGCCCAGUUUCCGCUAGCCAUUCGAUGCUAUCUGCUGUCCUGGAAGCUCGUCUUUGACGCCUUCUCCGGGGCAUCAUUUAAAGUUCGGGCCGACUUUACCGAGAAUUUAAAGACGGACAAUUCUGUCAGCCCAUUGCUGGACUUUACGUUUGAUGUGCUCGGCCACUCGGCUGCACAUGCCUUGAACCUAGAUAAGGAGGGACUCUUGUCAGAGCACAUCUACGACUAUGAUGUCAAGCUGGCAGAUGCGGACACAGAGGAGAGGAGUAUGCAGUGGCUCCUGGUUCAUAUCUACUACUUGGUGCUCAAGUACACCCCUGGGCUGUUCCGCACGUGGUACCUUGACUGCCGCUCUAAGCAGACGCGCAUCGCCGUCGAGGCUUGGACAACCAAGUACUACUCGCCGCUGAUCAUCGGCGACAACCUCGACGACGUGCAGAAGUGGGCAGAGGCGCAGGAGCCGCCCUCGGCGGACGAACAGGAACUGCAGGUUAGAGUUUCCAAGCCCGCGCGCGAGGUGACGGCAGGCUAUGAGGUGGACGAGGCGCUGGCCUCGAUCGUCAUCAAGGUGCCAGCCAGCUACCCAAUCGAGGGUGUGACGGUGGCCAGCCUGAACCGCGUGGCCGUGACGGACCGCAAGUGGCAGAGCUGGAUCAUGACGACGCAGGUCGUCAUCACCUUCUCCAACGGCAGCAUCAUCGAUGGACUGCAGGUCUUCAAGCGCAACAUUGUCGGCGCGCUCCGGGGCCAGUCCGAGUGUGCCAUCUGCUACAGCAUCAUCUCGACGGACAAGCGCAUGCCAGACAAGCGCUGCACGACGUGCAAGAACCUCUUUCACAGGACAUGCUUGUACAAGUGGUUCCAAACCAGCAACCAAAACACGUGUCCGCUGUGCAGAAAUCCUAUCGAUUACUUGGGCGCAGACUCGCAAAAGAGGAGGCAGUGA